AUGAUGUCUCGACUCGCACUCGCACUUACGGUGCUAGCCUGUAUGAACGGCAGCACUCUCGCACAAGGCCCACGCGGGCUGGGCCGCAUGAGUCCCGCCAUGGCUCGUGACCGGGAGCAGUUCGGCCAGGGCACCUUGUUUGGCGGCGCCAACACUUUCGGCGCAGGUCUUAGCGCAGGUGCUGGUGCUGGUCUUGGCGCAGGCGCAGGCCUUGGCGCCGUCGGAGGGGCUGGUGGUCUUGGGCAAGUCGGCGGCGCCGGUGGUGGUGGUGGUGUCGGUGGCUUUGGUCAGCUCGGCGGAGGAGGGUUUGGAAACGGCGGUCCGCUCGGCGGUCGAUUCGGAGCUGCAGACAACGGUGCCGCACCGGGACUGGCCGCUGGCACGACUACGAACGGUUUUAUUAGUGGGGCUGGAGCUGCCGGCGCUGGGGGAAUGGGAGGCGUCGCGGGUCCGGGCAAUGGCGGACUGAGCAGCGGUGGUCCGGUGACGCCCGCCCCGACGACACCGGGCGGUGCGGGUCCGACGUCCCCGAACGGAGCGGGUGCCGCUCGUGGCGCAGUUGGUGCUGGUGCCGCCACUGGCGCUGGAGGUUUCGGAGGAGCUGGUGGUGGUCUUGGAGGCGCUGGUGGUCUUGGAGGAGUUGGCGGUCUUGGUGGUCAAAUGGGAGGAGGCAUGGGCGGCUUUGGCGGACGCUUCGGAGGUGCCGGAGCCGGUGGAUUCGGUGGCGCCGGUGCUGGUGUUGGUGGUGGAAUGGGGGGUCUCAGCGGCUUCGGCGGCAUGAACGGCGGAAGAUUCGGAGCCGGUGGACUCGGCGGUGGCUUGGGAGCCGCAGGGCAGUUUGGCGGUGGCGCGGGUCAGUUUGCCGCCGGUGGAGCGGCGUAG